AUAGUUUCACAACAACUUCUGUGUGAACUAACCACAACAGUUCUGGUCAGUUUUGGGUUGUUGUUGUCGUGUACUUUGAUGAUCCAGUAAGAAUUUCACUGUUUGGAUUUUGAACUGAACUCAAAUCUGACUGAGGAACUGGAACGGAUCUGGAAAAAGGAUGCUUCAGCAACAAACUCCACUGAGCGCCUUCACUGUGUUGACCUGUCUACUCCUAAACAGCUGUUGUGAAGGUCAGGGUCAGGUGUCCAGUCCUUCUGAACCCUUGGUAUCACUGGUUGGACACAGUGGAACUCUGCCGUGUCACCUUCAUCCUGCUGCUGAUGCUUCACAGCUGACUUUGGUGUGGACCAGAUCAGACCUGGACCCUCGCUUCGUCCUGGUGUGGCCUGACGGUAUAGAACAGGGAGGACGAAAACAUCCAUCCUACACCAACAGAACAUCAGUGUCCCCUGAGAAACUGAAGCUGGGAGACGCUUCACUGAGGCUGUCCUCAGUAAGGCUGUCUGAUGAGGGGACGUACAGAUGUUUUAUCCCACAGCUGACAGACUCUACAGUUCAGCUGGUUGUAGGUGCUGCCUCCUCACCUGUUAUUACUACAGUAGAUGAUCAGCAGAGCGGAGGAGUGGUGCUCCAGUGUCGUUCCUCUGGCUGGUAUCCAGAGCCGCAGGUGUUGUGGCUGGAUGAGGAGGGAAACCUCCUGUCUGCUGGACAUCCACACACACAGACAGUCCGAGGUCCUGAUGACCUCUAUACUAUCAGCAGCACAGUGACUGUGGACAACAAACACCAGAACAUCACCUGCAGAAUCACACAGAACAGCAUCGCACAAACCAGAGACACCCACGUACAUGUUCCAGGUCAUUCCAGUUCAUCUGCUCCUCUCCUGGUCGCUGUGAUCGCUCUCAUACUGUCGCUCAUUGCAGUGGCUUUUAUUGUCCACAGAUGGAAACAGAGAAACAGGAAGUAUGGAAACAGUCAACAGUCAGCCAAGCUGUCCCAGCUCAGUAAAUGUCCCAUAUCUGACCAUGGAUGUGGAACUACAGACUUCUGUGGGAGGAGGGACACAAAAAUGGAGCAAUUCUCAAGUUGAAGCUGGAGAACUGAAGAAAUACAACUUCAGAUUGAGGAAAAUGUUAUUUUUUUAAUACAUCAUGUGUCCAAAUUGCAGGAAAAACUUCCACAGUUCUUCCCAGAGUAAAGUCCAUAAAUAUUUGGACAGUGAAACAGAUGUUGUAACGUCUGUGUACAAAACUACAGUGGAUCUGAAAGCUGCAGGAGACUUUCAUCACCAAUUUUUCAUCAGAUCUGUCCAUC